AUGACCAACAUCCCCCUCGUCCAGCCCCUCGACCUCACCCGCUUCACCCACUACCAGUUGCCCGAGAGCAACGACCGCAGCUACCGUUCUACGCCCCAGCGCAGUUCCGGCAGCGGUGCUAGCGGCGGUAGUGGCAGCGGCAGCGGCAGUGGCGGUAGCGCAACCCCGGAGGGCACGCCACAGACGGCGCAUACAACGCAGACCUUCGGGUUCUCUCCGUCUGACAGUCCGCUCAGCCCCGCCCCGCCCCACAGUGCGCCCCACUCUGCUCCGCCCACGACCGAGCACCAUCAGCAGCACCAGCAACACCAAGCCCAGCACCAGCUCCUCAGCGGACAGAACAUCCAGGUCCACUCUCACCUCACCGCACCUGGCCCUGGCGGGCAGGCAGGUCCCGGCGGACCUGGUGGCGGCCCUGGUGGCCACCAGCAGCUCAUCAAGAUGAACUCACCCCGCGAGCCGAACACGUACUGGGACUCGUCAAUGCGUCCUCCUCCCCGCGAUCUUGCGUUCCAGCCCCAGCAGCCCUAUCCCAUGUACCGCGAGUACUAUGACAACUAUUCUCCCUAUUCUCAGUACCCAAUGGCCCAGCAGAACGACCAGGCGGAGGAGCGUCGCAGGCGCGAGCUGCAGAAGGCGCGUCGUCAUGUCUGCCUGAACACGCACAUGUCGGUGCACACAGGAGCGAAACGUGAGCUUACACAGCCACCUCCUAGCUAA